AUGCUUAGCCUCUCGGAAACCACGGGGCAACAUGGCGGGGGCACAGGCGGCACAAGCUCGUCCUGCCGCCUCAGAGGCGAAAGCCCGUCCGGCCCCCGCCGCCCAACUGGUCCGGUAGGACCUGCCUCAUGCCAAGGGUCCGCUCUGGGCUGCUCCACGUCGCGCCCGGGAGGCUGUUUUCACUGCGCCCGCUGGAGGGCGGCCUCGCCCGGGCCGGGCUCUCCCAGCUCUGCUCCUCGCUGCUCCGAGCCGGGGGCGGCGCCGCAGCCGCUGCCCGUCACAAGCGGCGCCGGUAAGCAGCGGCUGCAGACGCGGCGUCGGCCCGGACUGCGCGCACCCCGGCGGCCGCAGGGAGGGGAGAGGGAGACGAACCCGGACCGGAUCAGGCCCGAAGCCAUGUCACUCGCCCACGCUACGCCGCGGGCCCCGCUGAGGCCGUGCUGCGCCGCCGAGCCGAGGGCCCCACAAGAUGGCGGCCCCGAGCCAGGCGCGGCCGAGCCGGGGGAUGCUAGCACUUCCGGCCCCAAGCACAGCGGAGCGGAAGUGCGCGUUCUGGCCCCGCCCUCGGCGGGACGAACAGGGCGGGACUACGGCUCCUUGGAAACGGAAACGGAGGCGGCGGCGAUGGCGGCUGGUGUGGGCUACGAGUUGCGCUCGCGGCAGCGGCCCCCGGCGGGGGAGACGCCGGCGGGACGUUGGGCGGGAGACGGGGCCUCGGGCAGGGCGAGGCCGUCGAACACCGCGCCCCGGCGCGGGAUGCCUGACGCGCCGGCAGGGAGUGAAUAUCCCUUUGUCAAAUUGACUCGACCCAGCAUAAGAAGUUUUCAAAGGGAAGAAUAUGCUCUCUUCAGUGAAAACAGAGAUUCCAAAACGUGUGAAUCAGAAAAACAAGAAGAGCCACAUGAUGCGUACACAGAAGAUUCGCUGGAGGGAGUUGCAGAGGAGGAAGCAGAAGAAGAGGUUGACAUUGAUGGCUAUAAUGCUGAGUGUCCAAAGACUAACACACAUUCACUGCUGAAAGAAAGCAACACCAUAGCUGAGGAACACUGGAAAAGCCAACCACAGAUACCACAAAGUCUCCUGAGUUCUUUUAUACAGACACAACCAAGCUUUGAUCAAAAGACAACUAUUAGGUCCAGGAAGUCAAAUGAAGCUGAAUAUAGAGAUUCAUCCAGUGUACACAAGCAGGUUCAAUCUGCAACUAAAAUGCCUGGUGGACAGUCAAGUAACCAGCGGUCUUUGAUGUGGAUUCUGGUAGUUGUGGCUUUAUUCGCUAUUGGCCUGUGUUCUAUGUGGGUGACUCAGUCCUCCAAGAUUUUGCCAAUUAAAGAUUCUCCAAUUCUGCGAAUGUUCCAGGAUGAGAUGAAAAAAAUUAAGAAUGUCUACCCAAAUCAGGAUGAAAAGCUGUGGAAGAGGAUACAACUGUUCCUUGAGAAACGUCUCAAUAAUUCCCAUUCCUAUUCAGAGCCUGCAAUCUUAUUGCUUACAGCUGCCCAAGAAGCUAAAAGUGCUCUGAAGUGCUUAAGUAACAAGAUCGCAGAAGCCUACUCCUCCUCCCUGAGUACUGACACAAUUGAGAUUGAUUGUGCAAGUACAGUGUCACAGGACAGCGAUACAGCAAAGCUGGAUGUAGAUAAACUGCUGAGCUCUGGUUUUGAGAGCGGCAAGAAGGCAGCAGUGGUGCAUCAGUUUGAAUUGCUGCCUGCAGGAUCCACCCUGAUCUUUUAUAAGUACUGCGACCACGAAAAUGCAGCCUUUAAGGAUGUGACUCUUCUGUUAACUGUCCUUUUGGAUGAGGAGUCACUGGGAAAGAAUCUCAGCCUGCGGGAUGUUGAGGAGAAAGUGCGUGAUUUCCUCUGGACCAAAUUCACCAAUUCAGAUACUCCCAGCUCCUAUAAACACAUGGACACAGAUAAGCUGAGUGGACUGUGGAGUCGUAUAUCCCACUUGGUUCUACCUGUUUGGCCAGAAAGUGCUCUCUCUCAGAGCUGCUAAUCAUAAGUAAAAUCAGUUGUGGAAAGAAAGGGAGAUGAAAACAAUUGUGGUCGUUGGGCUGGGUAGAACUUCUGCAGCUGCUGAGCUAAGGCUGUACAACAGUGUUUCAGCACAGACCAGUAAAGUUAUUCUUUUUAAAGGAACUGGGGCUCCUCUAGAUAAGGGGAGUGUAAUGGUGGAAUAUAAUUUUUGAUAAAUUAGACUACAAGUGAUUUAUUGAGGGCUGGUGCUCUGUAGAUGGAAGUUUUUUUAAUUGUAUAUGGCUAUCCAGGUGUCUUGGUAUAGUAGACUAAUUACACUCUGGGAAGUCUUCUAUGCUAGGAAGUAGUAUUGACAAUUGAUUAUGACAAGGUAAUGGAACUAAUGAAUUUGCAGACUCAUUGACCAAAAUACAUUUCCCUUGUCCUUCAGGCCAAAUCUUAUUAUAGUGUUUAAUGAGGCUGCAUGCAUCCAAGCAUAGGUUUUCUUUUGUUCCAGCUAACUAUGGCUUGGGUAUCAGUUACCUUUUGUAUUUCUACUAUUCUAAAAAGAUCUAAAAAAUGUUCUGCUUCAGAGCAGACUUCUCAAAAUGAAGAUGUAAUUGUUUAAGUGAACUUUUUACAAAACAGUUCUAGAGAGUUAGAGAAGCUGAGAUGAAGUGAUUGCUCCAAACAUCCAUCAACAGGUCAGUUCAGAAAUAACCCAUCAGUGUAUCUACCCUGCAGUGCAUCUCAAAUCACAAAUUUUAAGGCUCAGAACUUGGUACAGAGCAAAGGAGAAAUUCUAAAUGCUGGUCCAGUGCAUGCUAAAGCCCUGCUGGAUCUGCUCUAAAAUGCCUAAGAAGUGCAAAUUGUGAAUAAGUUAUUUUGGACAAGUCAAGAGGUUUUAUUAGAAAGUUGAGAGUAGUAUUUUUUCAUUGACAAAAUGUGCAUUUAUUACUGUUUGUUAAUGUGAUAUCACGAUCCUGUAAAGAUACCUCUUCCAAAUGUGUGCAGUAAACCUGUUGUUUCCUAUUUACAUUUUUGCAGAAAAAAAUAUUUUGCCUUAUUUAACAUUGUAUAGAGUCCCUCAUGUAAAAAAAAAAAAAAUCCCUGAAAUCUACCACAUACUAAAAUUAUAUUAAUAUACUUGUAUUGUAAAUACAGAGAGGAACUGCCAUACUUUCUCUCUGUUGUUACUUUCCUUGACUAUGCCAGAUUAUUUAUCAUUCCUUAUGUUUGAAGAAUACACAAACAGAUGCUCCAAAUUUAUGACAUAUUUUCUUAUAAUGGCUGCCAGGUUUGUUGUACUUUUAAAAUUGCGUCCUUUACUUGUGAGCUUCUGUAUGCUACCCUGUUAUACAAAUAUACCAGGCUUUAUAAACAGGAAAACCUCCUAUAGGAGGCUUCAGGGCCACUAAGUAUCUGUUUUGAGACUAAGAACACAAAAGGUUCUGUUUGUAAUCUGAAAUGGGCUGAAUUCACCAUGAAUAUCAAUGCAGUUCCAUGGAUUUGGAAUUAUGUUUCCUGUUUUUGUAAGAACUGGAAGCUGGCAGCUAAUUUGUUUUAUGUGGAGGUACUUAGCAAGAAAAGAGGUAUGGAAGUGCUACAAUUUUAAAUGCAUAAAAUAGCUCAGGAAGAAGAGAGACUUUUUAAAUUUUACAAACACUUCAUUGUCUGAAUGCUUCUUUUAAACUGAUAUGAAUUAUUAUAUUGCUUUGAAAUAAUCAAUGACUGCAAAUGAUUUAAACUAUAUUUUAGUAAUUGUUAAAAAAAAUAAAUCUGCUUAUUUGUGUUAUAAA